UCUUGUCUCCUUCUUCUAUGUUCUUGUUUGGUAAUGUUUACACAAUCUCAUUCACAUACUAAAUUUGCUUCUUUCUCCAAUAAUUUCUUCCAAGUUCCACACUUUCAAUUUCAAAACCAUAUUUCAAAUCCACCCAUUUAAAAUUUACUUCUUGUUCAUGGCUUCCCUCAACCUUCUUCCUCACCCUGCAUCUUCUCUCUCUCACUCCUUACCGUUUUCUUCUUCUUCUACUUGUUCUUCUUCCUUUGCAAGGGGUUUUGUUCCCUGCUGCAACAUCCAUGUUCUCAAGCCAAAGGGUAACCUCCAAACCUCUCAACGCAGGCGUUAUCUCAGGCCCUUCCUUGUUGUCAAAUCUGCUGUGGAUGUGGCUGACCCUCCUCCAACUUCUUCUGGUUACUCAGGGGACACCAGCUCUGAUCCUAUCUCGUCUUUGAAGUUCAAUCUGCUGAGUGCUGUUUCUGGGCUAAAUAGAGGUCUUGCUGCAAAUGAAGAUGAUCUCCGAAAGGCAGAUACUGCGGCUAAGGAACUUGAAGCUGCUGGAGGACUAGUAGAUCUCUCACCUGACCUUGAUAAAUUGCAAGGAAGAUGGAAACUGAUAUAUAGCAGUGCAUUUUCAUCUCGCACUCUAGGUGGAAGCCGUCCUGGCCCUCCCACAGGAAGGCUUCUUCCUAUAACUCUUGGACAGGUUUUUCAACGAAUUGACAUCUUGAGCAAAGAUUUUGAUAAUAUAGUGGAGCUUCAAUUGGGUGCUCCAUGGCCCCUAUCACCCCUCGAAGUAACAGCCACAUUAGCUCACAAAUUUGAACUCAUAGGAUCUGCAAAGAUCAAGAUAGUGUUUGAGAAAACGACUGUGAAGACAACUGGGAAUUUGUCACAGUUGCCACCAUUAGACUUACCUCGAAUUCCAGAUGCAUUUAGGCCUCCAUCUAAUACAGGAAGUGGUGAAUUCGAAGUUACAUAUCUCGACAAGGAUACCCGCCUCACAAGAGGAGAUAGAGGAGAGCUAAGGGUCUUUGUGAUUUCAUGAGUUCCUGGUGAAGGCACUAUGCAUUUUCUCUGUUGGACUUAAAAAUCCUCCAACAUCACUGUCUGUAAUCUUUUUAUUUUUUCCACGUUUGCCUUUGCUUUUUUUUUUUUUUUUUUUUUUUUUCUGAUAGUGUUGUCUUGUUACAAGUUCUUCAAUAUUGUAACAUGGAUAUACUGAUGGAAGUAAACCACACUAUGUAGCUCUAAGGGAACAGGCUACUUUUUGUUUAAAUGUAACAUAUUUCAUCUUUAAGGAAUAAUGCUUGGAGAUGAUUUAGAUAUGAACACUUAAAUUCACUGUGGA